CAAAUUUUUCUUACGUAACACGAAACAAAAACUAUAAAAACGAAAAUAUUUCAUGAUGUAAGUCAAAUAUUUCAUUGUUAAGAAACGAUAAAGUAUUUGAAUUGUCUUGUGAUUUUAUUAUUGAUGGCAUAAAAUUGUAAUCAAGAACCGGUUGGUUCUUAUAUUACUUUCAGAAUGAGAAAAAGAAAAUAUUAACCAUUAUACACGGCAUAUUUUUAUCAUGUUAUUUAUUUUUUAUUCAAUCAGGAUUUCCCGUAAUAUAUGUCUGUCAUCGUUGAAACUAUCAAUUUCUACAUAUUCUACUAAGGCCACAUCAAGGAUAAAGAACUUAAAUUGUAUUCAGAAACAACAACAUUCAUUAAAUAUUAAAAAUCUUCAAAAUCAUAAUAUUCCACCAAGCUUCAUUACAUCUAUUAAUGAUCAAAAAGAUACUCAAUAUGUAGAUAUAACAAAUAAUGUAAAACAGAAAGAUUUAUGUAUAAAUGAUAAACAAGAAUGGCAACAUAUAAAACUAGAUUCUGGAAAACUUCAAAAAUAUUGUUUUAUGUUAUCUAAAAUAAGGUUAACAUCUUUGGUAGUUAUAACCACUAUGGCUGGAUAUACAUUGGCUCCAGGAGCUUUUGAUGCUUGUACAUUUAUUGCAUGUUCUGUGGGUACAGGAUUACUUUCUGCAUCAGCAAAUGCUAUUAAUCAAUUUUUUGAAGUUCCCUUUGAUGCACAAAUGUCAAGAACAAAAAAUAGAGUAUUGGUUAGAGGUCAUUUAACUCCAGGACAAGCAGUAAUUUUUGCAACAGUAUCUGGUUUUAGUGGAUUAUUAUUAUUAUAUAGUCAAGUUAAUGAAUUAACAGCAAUCUUAGGAACAACUAAUUUAAUUCUAUAUACACUUAUUUAUACUCCUAUGAAACGUAUUAGUAUUUUGAACACUUGGAUAGGCUCUAUAGUUGGAGCUAUACCACCAUUAAUGGGCUGGGCAUCUUGUGUCAAUGAUAUAGUAUCUCCAGGUGCUUGGAUAAUGUCUGGCAUAUUAUAUGCAUGGCAAUUUCCUCAUUUUAAUGCUUUAUCAUGGAAUUUGAGAUCAGAUUAUUCUCGUGCUGGUUAUAGAAUGAUGGCAGUCACAAAUCCAAAGCUUUGUCGUAAAACAGCAUUACGUUAUACCUCAGCAUUAACAGGUCUUUGUUAUUUAGCACCUGUUUUCAAUGUAACAAAUUGGUGGUUUGCCUUGACAUCAACACCUCUUAAUGUAUAUUUUCUAUAUCUUGCGUGGAAGUUUCAUAAACAAUCAGAUAGUAGAAGUUCACGUAAGCUUUUUCAUUUUUCAUUGAUCCAUCUACCUGUUCUUAUAAUUCUUAUACUUGUAAAUAAAAAAUACUGGCAUAAUGAGAAGAAACAAAAAGAUAUAAUACUUCCUGAAGAAAAAAAUAGUGAUAUUUAUGCAAUUUUAACAAAAAUAAUUACAUCAACAUCUUCAAGCACUUAAUGAAUCGUUUUGAAAUUUUAUCCAUGAUAUUAUGAUAUUGACUCAUGAAGUAUUAUAAUAUUAAGUCAUAUAAUGUAAGAUGACUUUGUAAAAUUUGACAAAGCGAAUUGUAGUAUAAUUUGUGAAUAGUAACACAUUAUAAUACAA